AUGGUCAGGUUUCUCACAGAUGUGCUGUCGAGAGAUGCCCUGAGGUGCAUUAAUAGCAUCGAGGGGCCGACUCUGGGCAGAUCUGCCGCCCUACCCCGGCAUCGUCCGUUUCUUCAACAGUCGCGUAGGACCCUUCAUCAUGACCACGAUAUCCCCACACCAGCCGAGCCCAAGCUGGAUGGUGGCGCAUCGCCACAGACCUCAGACCCAAGAUGGGAAUCAUUCAAGAAGUCUUUCGAGUUUCCCAAAGCUACUGCGCUGGGCAACUUUCGACCUGGAUUGGAUGUCACCAUUCAUGGCUUUCUUGGGAAGCGAAGAGACAAAGGUUCUGCCUUGACCUUCUGUCACGUACAGCUUGGGACGCAGAACGUCCAGGUUGUUUCCAGUUGGCAGGAAGAGGGCUCCUUGCAGCACAACGCUCACCAGGAACUGAAAGCUAUCCCUGCCUACAGUCCUGUCUGUGUUGCAGGCACCCUUCAGGAGACUGGGAAAUCUGAUAACGUAAACGCUGGCAAGACCUGGGACUUGAAACUACGCUCCGUGCAAUGUCUGAAUCCGUUUCCCAAGGACAUCAUCGUUUCCAAGGACGCGGUGUGGCCGCCCAAGUCGCGACAUCUGCAGCUUCGCUUCGAUCCUCUGCUUCAGGACAGAUUGCGGCUUCGCGCUCUUGUCGCUGCGAGACUAUCCAAAGCCUUGCGAAGCCAAAAGUUCACCCAAAUCGAGACGCCUGUCCUCUUCAAGUCUACCCCUGAGGGGGCUCGGGAAUUUUUGGUUCCAACAAGGCGCCAGGGCUACGCAUACGCAUUGCCGCAAAGCCCCCAGCAGUACAAGCAGGUUCUCAUGGCCGCCGGAAUUCCCCGAUACUUUCAAUUUGCCAAGUGCUUCCGCGAUGAGGACCAUCGUGCGGAUCGGCAGCCAGAAUUCACUCAGCUUGACCUGGAGAUGGCCUUCGCGAGUGGCCAACACGUAAUGAAGGUCGUGGAGCGCCUCAUGAAUUCCGUCUUCGAGAUGCUCCACGAAGAUUUUGUACCGACCGAUUUUAACGGCACGAUACAUCCGGUCAGGAAAGGUACUUCGGACGAGCCCAAGCACCGUAUGGAUGUCGCCGGAAACACGACGGACAAAGACACCCCAGACGCCGUUCCAGGAUUUCAGAAAGCCAAGCCACCAUACAGUCGAUGGUCCUACGAUUACGCCAUGAGCGUCACUGGCUCUGACAAGCCCGACCUUCGCAUCCAGCCCCCACAUGCUUCGAAUAUCUAUCGUGUGGAACAUCUCCUCUCCAAAGACUUCGUGAGCAUGAUUACUAGGCUCGAGGACCCCAUCGUCGAGGCAUGCAAGUUUCGACUCGAAGGCUCCCCUCAUGACAACGGAGCUUUCAUUCGCGAUUUCUUCGAUAACCUCCGGAACACACCGCAGAAGCUUGGUGCCGACAGUACUCCUGGCGUAUUCAUUUUCGACUCUAGCAAGCCACUCCAGGGUCUGUCUGCUCUGGGACAUGAAGGUGCAGAAGGGCUUGCCAGUAUCGAUGAACAGUACUGGCAGCAGUGUGAAGAUGGCGACAUUAUCAUGAUCCACGCACGGAAGAACGAGCCAUUCCGAGGCGGGUCUACCGAACUAGGCAAGAUCCGAAAGAUGAUAUACGACACCGCUGUCGAGAAGGGCUGUUUACCCAAGGACCAUUCGUUCAAGUUCCUCUGGGUCCAUGACUUUCCCCUUUUCUCGCCAACUGAAGACGAUCCAGGUCAAGGUGGUGCCGCAGGGUUCUCGUCAACCCAUCACCCCUUCACUGCGCCCUUGACCCCUGAAGACCUCGACCUAUUGAAGACCGAUCCCCUUCGAGCCAGGGCCGAUCACUAUGAUCUCGUCCUCAACGGCGUGGAGCUCGGCGGCGGAAGUCGCCGUAUUCAUGUCGCCGAAGUGCAAGAAUACAUCAUGCGAGAUAUUCUCAAGAUGACCGACCAAGGCGUGGGUCAGUUCGCACAUCUCAUCGAGGCAUUGCGUGCCGGAUGCCCGCCCCACGCAGGAUUCGCCUUUGGCUUCGACCGACUCAUGGCUGUCAUCUGUGAUGUCCCUUCGGUCAAGGACGUCAUUGCGUUCCCCAAGAGCAACAAGGGCGAGGACCUACUCGUUGGCAGCCCGACAAAGACGACGCCUGAGCAGCAGAAGACGUACCAUCUCUUCCAGAAGAGCUGA